AUGAUGAAUUCUUCGAAACCCUUGUCGAGAUGUGAAAUCAUAGGAAGGUCUUGUUCAGGACCAGUAUUCGUGCUCAAAAGGAAUGCAACGAUUGAAACCACACAAGGGCAGUCUUUGCUACAAGUAACUUGCAUUGAAAAGGAAGGUCCUCCAAGAACUAUUGCAAUGGAAUUGGCUUGUAUAGAACUUCAACCGAGGAUUCGGAAAACUUUGUUUUGCCACCAUUUUGCUGCAUAUCAUAACCCUUAUUGUUUUGUUCCAUUUGGCUCAAAUGGGCAAAGAGAAGAAGAGGGUAAAAGUGAAACAGAUGAAGAUGUGGACAUUGGUCCCGGGUUUUCUAGCAUGUCUGAAAUUGAGGAUGAUGGAAGUGAUAAUGAGGCUGCAAGAAGCCCAGCUGCUGUUGCAGAACAGAGUGAAGCUGCUGGAGCCAAGUAUGAUGAUGAGGGCCCUGACACGGAUGAAGAACUCUCUUUCGGAGGCCAUGGUCAAUCUGUUGCUGAGGCAUCAGUGAGCACUAGUUCUUUCAAUGAUCACUUGGAAAAUACAAUAUCAAAAGCAGAUGUCGACAAUUUAUCAAAAAGAAAGUGGAAACAUAAUUGGGAGGUGCCUGCUGUUGACAUGCCCAAUUGCAAGUGGGUGGGAACCGGAGAGUGUUUUCUAAGGGAUACCGGCAUGGAUUCAGAUUAUGGUCUCAAACCAAGUUUGUAUAGGCAUUGGUUGGAUAUCUGCCGUGCAUCUGAAGGCAGCAUUUUUCAUUCAUCUGGACAGAGAUUUUUCUUCUCUCUUUGUAAGUGA